AGUGCGAAGUGACGUCACCGAACCGGAGGCCGGCUGAUCCUCCAACGCGGCUCUUUCUGUGUUGUCACACACGGGCCGGGAAACAACAACACAGGCCGGGGUUUUGGAGCGAGGCGGUGUCCCCACUCCUCCAACCGUGUCUGUAUCCGUAUGUGUGCGUGUGUUUUGGCCGGUAUUCUCGUGAUUCGGUAACCGGGGGAAGAUGGCGGACCCGGCGGAGUGCACCAUUAAAGUCAUGUGCCGUUUCAGGCCAUUGAAUAGCUCGGAGGUGACGAGGGGGGACAAAUACAUCGCCAGAUUUCAGGGAGAGGACAGCGUCGUGAUCGGGGGUAGGCCGUAUGUGUUUGACAGAGUUUUCCAGUCCAAUACGUCUCAGGAGCAAGUGUACACAGCCUGCGCUCAACAAAUCGUCAAAGAUGUACUUGGUGGCUAUAAUGGAACCAUUUUCGCCUAUGGUCAGACAUCCUCUGGCAAAACGCACACAAUGGAGGGAAAUCUCCAUGACACUGAUGGAAUGGGAAUCAUUCCCAGAAUUGUGCAAGACAUCUUUAACUACAUUUACUCUAUGGAUGAAAACCUGGAGUUCCACAUUAAAGUGUCAUAUUUUGAGAUUUAUAUGGAUAAGAUUCGGGACCUGUUGGAUGUUUCAAAGACUAAUUUAUCUGUACAUGAAGACAAAAACAGGGUUCCUUAUGUCAAGGGCUGCACUGAGCGAUUUGUUUCCAGUCCAGAGGAGGUGAUGGACACUAUUGACGAGGGCAAAUCUAACAGACACGUAGCUGUGACAAACAUGAAUGAACACAGCUCCAGGAGUCACAGUAUCUUCCUGAUCAAUGUGAAGCAGGAGAACACACAGACAGAACAGAAGCUCAGCGGGAAACUCUACCUAGUCGACUUGGCAGGCAGUGAGAAGGUCAGUAAAACAGGAGCUGAAGGCGCUGUGCUGGAUGAAGCCAAAAACAUCAACAAGUCUCUGUCAUCUCUGGGCAACGUGAUAUCAGCCUUAGCCGAGAGCUCGACCUACAUUCCAUACAGAGACAGUAAAAUGACAAGGAUCUUGCAGGAUUCUCUGGGUGGAAACUGCAGGACCACCAUAGUCAUCUGCUGCUCUCCUUCCUCAUAUAACGAGGCCGAGACCAAAUCAACCCUUAUGUUCGGACAGAGAGCCAAGACGAUUAAGAACACAGUGAUUUUGAAUGUAGAGCUGACAGCAGAGCAAUGGAAGAAGAAAUAUGAGAGAGAGAAGGAACGAAACAAGAGCCUUCGAAACACCAUCACAUGGCUGGAGAACGAACUCAACCGCUGGAGAAAUGGUGAAAGCGUACCUGCAGAGGAGCAAUUUGAUAAGGAGAAGAUUAAUGCUGAAGUGUUGGCGCUGGAUAACACCAUUAAUAAUGAUAAAUUUGCAUCCACACCAAGCAUGCCGCCCAUGCCAGGGAUGCUAGGAGUCCGACUCACCGAUGUUGAGAAGGAAAAAUGUGAGGUUGAACUCGCCAAACUGUACAAGCAGCUUGAUGACAAGGAUGAAGAGAUUAAUCAGCAGUCUCAGCUGGUGGAGAAGCUCAAGCAGCAGAUGUUGGACCAGGAAGAGUUGCUGGCCUCGUCAAGAAGAGACCAUGAUAACCUGCAGUCAGAGUUGACUCGUUUACAGCUGGAGAACGAUGCAUCUAAAGAGGAGGUGAAGGAGGUGCUGCAGGCCCUGGAGGAGCUCGCUGUCAACUACGACCAGAAAAGUCAGGAGGUGGAGGACAAAACCAAGGAGUUCGAAGCCCUCAGCGAAGAACUUGGUCAGAAAUCUAGUAUUCUGGCGUCUAUAGACUCAGAGCUGCAGAAACUGAAAGAAAUGGCCAAUCACCAGAAGAAGAGGGUAACUGAGAUGAUGUCAUCACUGCUCAAAGAUCUGACUGAGAUUGGAAUUGCAGUGGGCAACAAUGACAUCAAGCAGCAUGAGGGCAGUGGUCUUAUAGAUGAAGAGUUCACUGUAGCCAGACUCUACAUCAGUAAGAUGAAGUCAGAAGUCAAAUCAAUGGUCAAACGUUGCAAGCAGCUGGAAAACACUCAGUCUGAGAGCAACAAAACGAUGGAUGAAACUGAGAAGGAGCUUGCAGCAUGCCAUUUACGCAUCUCCCAGCAUGAGGCAAAAAUUAAGUCUCUGACGGAGUAUCUGCAGAAUGUAGAGCACAAGAAGAGACAGCUUGAGGAGGAUGUGGACUCUCUCAAUGAAGAGCUGGUCAAAAUCAGUGCACAGGAGAAGGUCACUGCAAUGGAGAAAGAGAGUGAGAUUCAGAGUGCCAAUGAGGUCAAGGAGGCGGUUGAGAAGCAGAUCCAGAGUCACAGAGAGGCGCAUCAGAAACAGAUCAGCAGCCUGAGAGACGAACUGGAAACCAAAGAGAAACUCAUUACAGAUCUACAAGAUCUGAAUCAGAAGAUCUUGCUGGAGCAGGAGCGUUUGAGGGUAGAACAUGAAAAACUCAAAUCCACCGACCAGGAGAAGAGCCGCAAACUACACGAGCUCACUAUGAUGCAGGACCGCAGAGAACAGGCCAGACAGGAUCUGAAAGGCUUGGAGGAGACUGUGGCCAAAGAGCUGCAGACUCUGCACAACCUCAGGAAACUAUUUGUUCAGGAUCUGGCCACUCGUGUGAAAAAGAGUGCAGAGAUGGACUCUGAUGAAACUGGUGGCAGUGCUGCUCAGAAGCAGAAGAUCUCUUUCCUGGAAAACAAUCUAGAACAACUCACCAAGGUCCAUAAACAGCUGGUGCGUGAUAACGCUGACCUGCGCUGUGAGCUUCCUAAACUGGAGAAGCGUCUGCGGGCGACGGCGGAGCGUGUGAAGGCUCUAGAGUCAGCACUCAAAGAGGCCAAAGAGAACGCGUCCCGUGACCGCAAGCGCUACCAGACAGAGGUGGACCGCAUCAAAGAGGCCGUGAGAGCCAAAAACAUGGCCCGCAGAGGACACUCCGCACAGAUAGCUAAACCCAUCAGGCCUGGACAGCAGCCCGUAGCUUCUCCUACACACCCCAGCGUGGUGCGUGGAGGUGGUGGUGUACUCUUCCAGAACAGCCAACCUAUUCCAAUCAGAGGAGGUGGAGCUAAACAAGAGAAGAGCUGAAGAUGAGUUUUUCCCUCACUACCAAAGCUGCAAGAAUGCAAGAAGUCUUCAUGGAGAUCUGUCAUUCCAUUAACAUAAUCCCUCCUGCCAGUGCACAUCAUGGGAGGACGUCCGAAUCGAAACAUUCAUGGCUGUACAGUUCCACUCCCCAUCUUUUUUUUCCCUCCAAAGCAAAUAAUUUUAUGAAUAUUGCACUCUCACACAUAACACAUGAUAUAAAAAGGAAAUCAAGAAAUAAAUGUAAGCAAAGUGAACAAUUGACAGAAGCCAGUGCAAUCAGUUCUUAUCAGUCUUCAGCUGCUCUCUGCACACCUGUAACCUCUGAUUAAGCAACUGCCUGAUAACUGUGCAAAAGAACUCGCUUCUGGCCCGAUUUCAUACAAGUGAGCGCCAGACUGCAGCAAGAAAAAGCCCUAAAUUGGGGACAUCCAAGCGUGCUUGUCAGCGGAUCUCCUGUAUCACUACAAACUCAGAUAUUACUUUGUGAAAGCACUCUGAACAGAUUCAGAUCAGAAACCAAAUGGGCUUUACUACCUGUAGUAACUAAUGGUUCUAAAGGGGAGCGUAGAAAGGACUGUAGACUUGAGUAACCAGGCCUUACACAGCAGGCUAAUGCUGGAAUUAUUUCAAUUUAUACUUGCGGUUGCAAAGGCUAAUGGUUAGAUUUUGAUGUUGAUGUUUUUUUAGCCAAACAGCUGAAGGUUGUCCUGUCCUGCUUUUCACAGAUCAAGUUCUUAUUUUAACAGUCAUAAACGUCUGUAUUCUAACUUUUUCAUCAUGUAUCCUCACUAAUGCAUCACUUUGUAUUUGAACUUGUAUGUCUAAGUGGUCAGCUGACAUCUGUAGAAGUCCUCAGGUGGCGUCAUUGCUUUCCCGCUCUGCCACUGUGACUGAUCAGCCAAUCAGUUUAGCAGAAUGAUGGUGUGGGCGGGCUUAUGUUUCAUACCCUAAUAACUGGUAUCUCCUUGAGGACAUUGCAGACAUUUGUUGUUUAGUUUGAAUUCAAGAUAGAAUUCUCCUUUUUGUGCUGCAGGAAAUAAUACCUAAUCUGUGUCGUUAUUACUCAAACUAGACUAUUUUUGUUUACACUUAAUACUCCUGAUAUUGAUAAAGAAAUGCUUAUGAAUUGUGAGUUUCAGGACAGGACCACCUUCUGUAUAAUUUUCAGCUGUAUUGCUUUCUGGGUGUUUUGUACCUAUAAGAGAUAUCAUAAGGACCAGCGCAGUUGUGUUAUUAGCCCUAAAUUCUUCCAUUUCAGUGCAUGAAGGAUAAUUAAUUGAUGUUCAUGGGGAAUGCCACACAUUUAAUUAAACUUAAAAAAAAUAGCUAAUCUUUUUAUUACUGUGUAAUAGAAACUCCAUGACUUGUUGACAGAGAGUUCCACCAAUGGACAAAUGCGCUGGAUCAUGGCAACAGUACAAGGUGUUUUUGGAAGAUUCUGGUUGAAGGAGAGUGCGAGGGGAUGAAAUUACUGAUGACACUUUUUCUGGAUGAACUGCAUGUAUGUGUGAUUAAAACAAUAUUCUGAAA